AAUAUUAAAAUGGUAACCAUUUUACUUUAUAGUAAAAAAAAGUUGCUCAAACAAAUUAGUAUAUCGUACAGAAUAUUUAGAUUCUACUAGCAAACAACUCAACUUACUGACUCGUCAAACCUGCUGUUCAAUUUUACUAUCCGCCUUUUUAGGGUUCAAGGUUUAAGCGAUCUAGGCGGUAAUUCGUAAUUGAAUAUUAUUGUUAUUUCUAAUGAUCGUUACAAAUCCCCCUAGCGCUCCUAAAUUUACUGCUAAUACGCACACACAAAAGCUACUUUUUAAAAACUGCGAUGCUAAACACAUUGACAAUAAUACCGCUGACCUCAUUAAUUAUUUUUGUGAAAUGACUAUAAAAAUAGCUGCCGAUUUCGGGUCCAGAUUUCUUAUUCCGCCAAAUAGAUAACGUAUCUCCGGAGGAGGUGGGCAAGCGAAUUAAUGGCCUCGGCAAGCAACGCGCUUGAAAUUAGUAAAGUGCGAGCAUCCGACUAGAACGGUUCGAGUUUUAAAAGGUUCUUUUUUGUUCAUCUAUCUGCCCAGCAUCUCAUCUCGUGUGUUGUACGAUGUCAUCUUCAAAACCCGUCACGAUCCCGGAAUGGAUGACGAAUGAUUUUUUCGUCGAUGCGGUAGCAAAAGCGUACAACAUAUCGAACACCGAGUUCACCGUCGAGCAGCUAGACGUUCGUCCGGCCACGGAAGCGGGCGACAAUUUCGUUUCGAUCAUGUACCGCGUGAAGGUAACGGUACUGAUGGGGACCUCCGACGUGGAUCGACGGAUCGUGUCUCUGAUCGUGAAGGCUCUACCGCAGUUGGGUCUUUCCGAGGAAAUGAUCUCGGCCAUGAAUGUCUUCCCAAAGGAGAUAGCCGUGUACACGGAAAUUCUACCCGCGUUCGAGCAGCUGUACCGCGAGCAUGGCAUGGAGGUUACAUUUGGACCACGUUGCCUGAAGCAUUGCACGGAACCGACGGAUAUUAUCGUGAUGGAGGAUCUAAAGGAUCGCCACUUUCAGAUGGCCGAACGGCAAAAGGGGCUCGAUUUGGAGCACUGUCACACGUUGCUCCGUCGGUUGGCUCAGUUCCACGCAGCAUCCGCGGUUUAUUACGAAAGGAAUGGACCGUACGAUACGAAGUUCAAGGAGGGCAUGUACGCUGAAAAGAACCGCGCUAUGUUUGAGCAGUUCCAGGCUCAGCACGAUGUCUUCAUGUACGAAACUAUGUGCACGUGGCCGAAUAAUGGUAAACUCUAUGCAGAACUACUGAAACAUUGGGGUAUGGAGAUGUUCGAUGCAUUGCUUCGUGUUACGAAACCUGACCCGGCCAAGUUUAACGUGCUAAACCACGGUGACAUGUGGUGUAACAACAUGAUGUUCCAGUACGAUGACGACGAAAAGAUCAAAGAAAUAACGCUCGUCGACUUUCAGAUGUGCAUGUGGAGCUCCCCAGUAAUUGACCUUCACUACUUCAUCUUUUCCUCGGUGCGCGCCAAUUUAAAGCUACGCCAGCUAGACCACUUGAUUUGUUACUAUUACCAGCAUUUGACCGAGAACUUGACCCUGCUCCAGUAUGCCGGUGUGCGUCCCUCAUUGCAAGAUCUGCACUCGGAUUUCAUUGAACGUCAAUUGUACGGUCUCAGUACGGCCUUUUCCGUGUUUCCUAUUUGUGUGAUGGAGAAAACGGAGAACGCAUCCAUCGAUCUGAUGCUCGAUCAAGGUGAUGCUGGGACAGCGUUCAAGCUGAAAAUGUACAACGGCGCCGCGUACGUCGAGCAGAUGGUCCCGAUCCUGGAGUACUUCUACGAUACCGGUGCGUUCGAUAUAAGCCAGCUAGGAAACCAGCGACCUGCCGGCAUCGAAUGUGACCACUCACUCCAUCUACCGCUGUGGUUGGAUGGGAAAUUUUUCGACGACGUAGUGAAUGCGAAACUUGGCCCUUGCCCGGCCGACGAGCGUCGUCUCAUCCGUAACAUCCGUCUGGAGCUUGCGACUAAAAAGGGUGAUAAUUACGCUUCAGUUUUGUACCGCGCAAAGGUUAACGUGCUGAACCAAGGUACCGGCAUUGUUGAGAGUUUUUCGACGAUUGUAAAAGCACCACCGAAGGGCGUACUGGCAGAGCACAUGCCGUAUCUAAACUUCUCGUCGCGAGAGAUACAGAUGUACCGGGACCUGUUGCCCGCGCUCGAGCAGCUCUACCACGAUAAGGGUAUCAGCGUGCGCUUCGGACCAAGAUGUUUGAAGGUGUGCGAAGGCAUUCCGGCUGACGUGCUGGUGCUGGAAGAUCUUUCGCACAACGGCAACUGCCGUAUGGCUGACCGUCGUGCAGGAUUGGAUCAAUAUCACACCGAGCUGGUGUUGGAACAGUUGGCUCAAUUUCAUGCCGGGUCGGCCGUUUUUGUUGACCAGGGAAACACACUUUCCAGUGACUUUAUCGGCCCGAAGGUGAUGGAGAACCUGAAACAGAUGGGCAAGCAACUGUUUCAACCCAUGCUGGACAGUUUGAUCGACUUUAUGGCGAAUUGGGACUUUGUGCCGUCGGAUCAUUAUGCCGAACUGAAGGCACUGGCGCAGAAUGCUUUCGAUGAGCUUGCCACGAUUAUCACUCCCCGGGAGGAUCGCUUCAAUGUGUUAAACCAUGGUGACCUUUGGAUAAACAACAUGAUGUUUAGCUCGAACGCAAAAGCCAAGUCGACCGAGGUUACGCUGCUCGACUUUCAGAUGUGCUGCUGGGCAUCGCCAAUGAUUGAUUUGCACAGCUUUCUAUUCUCCUCCGUCCAAUCGGAGCUGAAGCUACCGAAGCUAAACUACUUCCUGCGCUACUAUCAGGAAAAGUUGGUCGAGAAUCUCGUUCUUCUUGGGUACCGCAAGCGUUUGCCCACGCUACAGCAGCUGCUCGUUGACUUUAACGAUUAUCUAGUGUUGGGAUUGAUCGACACCAUGCUGGCACUACCAUUUGCACUUGUACCGGACACGGAAGACGCAUCGCUUGAUUCGGCCAUCGAAAACAAUACCGAUGCGGGGCAACGUUUUCAGAAGCUGCUUCUGGACAACGAUGAGCUAAAGAUGCAAAUGAAACUACUGCUACCCUACUUCCGGAAUCGAGGCGUACCCCGUAAAUUGUAAAUCUCGAAACCAAAACACUUGACAUGGACGAAUAUGAUGAAAAAAGUAAUGUACAAUAAAAACAUUUUUGUUCCGUUGUUAAA